AUCUUGAGAUUUUACAAAUGAUGAAUCGACUGCAACUGUGAAAAAUUCAAAUCAUCUACAGUAUCAUUUUGAUGUUUGCAGUUACAGCUCUUUUCUUCCAAAGCCCCUUUGAAGCAACAGCCUUGACUCUUGCUAGACAGUUGCACAGUCAAUCGAUGUUCACUUACAGAAACAGCCCAGCAGGUAAGGCUGAGGGUGGAUGCCCCUCUGUGUUUGUGGUGGACAGCCAAGCCACGCGGCCUGUUUUGCCACCGAGGCCAAACCAGGGCCGAAGGCAUGGCGGGGCAUGCCAGACCCUGCUGUUUAUGCUGGUGAGCCUGGCGCUGUGUGGCAUGGUCAUCGAAGCCUGCUUCAUCUACUAUCUCUACCACACUGAAACUGCCACCUCGGCAUCAUUUUCCAAGUUCAUGGCAGAUCAAGAUGCUACCGCCCCCCCUAAGCAGUCCAGUUAUGAGAUUCUUCCCUCCAAGCCAGUUGCACAUCUGACAGAUGGACAAGAUGUUGUUCAUGAUAAACAGGUCAUGGCAUGGAGCAUGAAAGCAGAUCCUCUCCUCUAUGAAAUGAAAUACAAUAACGGCUCUCUCAUCAUUCAGAAACAGGGUUACUACUAUGUCUACUCCAAGGUUUUCUUCAUGGACAGUGGUAACUUUCACCAUUAUAUUAAGAUGCAUACUGAAAAGUACGCUGGGGGAAUUAUUACCCUCCUGCAAGCCAGGAAAUACGCUGAAAAGUCGGACAAGGCGCGAUCCAACAGCUUCCUGGGAGGAGUGUUUCACCUUUACGUGAAUGAUGCCAUUUAUGUGAAUGUCAGUAGCACUGCAAAAAUCGUAAAAUUCAAACCAUAUGAGAACAUCUUUGGUGCGUUCAUGAUAUAAAUAUCACAUUGAUAUUGAAAGGCUUUGACAAAGAGUAAAUAAAAAUGGAUAAAUACUCUCAGGGAUUUUUGAUUCUUUGUCAUGAAAAAGCAGGUCGACAUGGUGUGAAAUCCUCUUUGUGCCUUUGCACAAUAUAAAGGGCAGAACUGCAUAGAUGGCUUAUUUUCUACGGGUAAAACUCUUCAACUUUUUUUUCCCUUUUUUUAAAAAUAAAACUUUUUGAUAUACGGAGCAUUUAUAUUCUUACUGGUAUAAUUACUGUAAAUUAAAUCUAAAUAUAAAGAAAUGAUUUGUAACACUUGGAUUUUAAAAUCUCAAUAAAUAUGUUUGUGUUUUGUACUUGCGAAGAAAAAAAAAAAGCAUAAACUGUAACAUUAAAAAUGUCUUUUUAUUCUUGCUUCAAUACAUUCCGCACAGUAUUUAUUUAUUCUAUCAUGAUAAAAAAAAAAAAAAGUGCUUUAAUUCUGCAGUAUACAUGUACAAUAAUUUAUGCAAAGCAGUGAAAUAAACAGAUCAUUGUCUAAGA